CUGCUGCAAAGGUAUUCUCUCAUCAUCAAUCAUCUUCUGAUAUGACAUGGAGUUUAGACUAUUCUCUAAUGGGUUGAGUUAUAUCUAACUUUUUCAGAAAAAGAGUGAAAGGAACAAAGGAAGUCGGAAGAAGUUGACUAUGCCACACACAUCAGGAAGAAAGAGUUAUUCUCAAAUUAUAGAUAAUAUGACAAAGGAGAAGGGUGUAAAACCAACUCAUAUAGAUGUGUUCAAAAAAACACAUACGAAAAAGAACAAUGAACCAAUAAAUGAAGAAGCUAGUGAAGUUAUGAAAGAAAUGAAUGAUCUUGUUGAGGUAUAUCCUGAGUUAAAUGUACCUGGAAGUGCUCCAAAUGAUGUGUACUCACAAGUAAUGGGGCCAGAUACUCAUGGAAAUGUCCGAACUCUAGGAAAAGGAGCAGCUCCAAGUUUUGUUUAUGGCCCAUUAUAUAAGCGAUCCCAAAAUGAGCAAAGAGAUUUUGAUAAAAGAGUUGAGAUAGAAGUUCAAAAAGUAACCUCUACUCUGAAAAUUGAGAUGGAGGAAAAGUUGUUUGAAGCGAAAGAAGAAAUUGAAAUGAUGGAUAAGAAGUUAUCGAAAGCAGAGGAGGAUAUGGAAAUGAUGAAGAAAAAAUUAUCUGAAGCAAAUAUGAAUAUGGAAGAAAAAAUAGAUGAUAAAGUAAAAGCAGGGAUACUAGCGUAUGUAGAUUCUUUGGGUAUUACUCUUGGCUCAAAUAGAAAAUCAUUUAGUAAUGAGCAGGUUUCUAAUAAAUCUAUUGAAGAUCGCCAACAAUCAUUAUCGCCCGUUUCAGUUGUUGACCCAGAAAAGGAAAACAUGGUCCGGAAGACGGGAAGAAGUGCAGUUGGCCAAGGAAAAAAAAAGUGGAAUUUUUGAAGGGGAACGAUUGAGGUGAUCAAUUACUAGCAACAAGAUGCUUAACCUGUGGAUUGAUGAUUUUACAAAGCUAUUUCAUGUUUUAUUCACGAAAUUAAGAGAUCUAAUCCAAUUAGGAGUUGAUAAAAUGUGAAAAACAGGUGGUAAUUUUGAAAUUAUUAGCAUCUAGUUAUAUUUCAAUUUUACUUGAGAUAGAACACAUUAUUUACUUUGAGAUCAUUUAACUUUUACUGGACACUUAUUUAUAUUGCUACUUUGCUAUUUGAUUA